AUGAGACCCUCCCUCUUCAAGCCCCUCCUACCCCGCCAUAACUGCUUCUCUGCAGCGAGAACUUCUUCUUCUCUUCCUCAACUCUCCAACACAAUCAAAUCCGUUAGAUUCUUCUCAGCUUCAUCCGCAGUCAUGGGUAACAAGGUUUUCUUCGAUAUUGAGUGGGAGGGCCCCGUCUUCCAGAACGGCAAGCCUACCUCUACCGUUCAGAGCCAGCGUGGUCGCAUCAACUUCAACCUCUACGACAAGGAGGUCCCCAAGACCGCUGAGAACUUCCGUGCUCUCUGCACUGGCGAGAAGGGCUUCGGCUACAAGGGCUCUUCUUUCCACCGAAUCAUCCCCGACUUCAUGCUCCAGGGUGGUGACUUCACCCGUGGUAAUGGCACUGGUGGAAAAUCCAUCUAUGGUGAGAAGUUCGCCGAUGAGAACUUCAAGCUCACCCACGACCGCCCCGGUCUGCUGUCCAUGGCCAACGCUGGUCCCAACACCAACGGUUCUCAGUUCUUCAUCACCACCGUUGUCACUUCUUGGCUCAACGGUCGCCACGUCGUUUUCGGCGAGGUCGCUGACGAGGAGUCCAUGAACGUUGUCAAGGCUCUUGAGGCUACCGGCUCCGGCAGUGGUGCUGUCAAGUACCAGAAGCGUGCCACCAUUGUCGACUCUGGUGAGCUGUAA